CACUGAACUGCUGUUGCUGCUGUGUAUGAACCGUAUUCUGUUCAUUUGUUGCUUGAGCGAAGAUAUGAGAUUCACACAUAUUCCCCGCAGUUGAUCAGAUCAUGGACGACGGCCAUUCAAAGCUCCACCUCUACUCCCUUCCCAACGAAGUCCUCGCUCAGAUUCUAUCCUCCUUCUCGACACGAUCCCUCAUCUCUUGGGCGACAGUCUCCCGCCGCUUCCACGCCCUCGUCCUGCGGAUCCUACAUUAUCGUCUGCUCAUCGGCGCUCCUUUGCAUGACUAUAAACUCAUCCUAGAAUGCUUUCACCCGAGCGAAAAGCUUAAGGUGCCUCAUGUAUUCUGCACAUACCUUGACACCGAUGGUUUAGAUCAACUUAACGGGAGGAGUGGUUCGCUUUAUGAGAAUCCCGACACGGCCCAGCAACUGGGAAGACUGAGUUCGGUGUAUGCUCGGUUCCGCCCUGAAGUCGCGGUAGAAGAAAGAUCGAGCGGAACAAGGCUAGUACCCCUAAGAGACGAUGAGCAAGACCCCGACCGAGACAACUUGGUUGUCACGCGCCCUAUCAACCUCGAUAACUCUGAAAACUUUUCUCAGUUAUGUGUGGUCGUAAAUAUCGUGAAGGUCAUGCCGGGUACAAAUCUGCUCCUGAGUGCACACAAUGUCGAGGACGGGGUAAUCAGGGUAUUCCGCGACUGGCUGAGAGACGAAGAGAAGCGAAUUCGUGAAUUCGUACCAGAUGGUACAGAGCCUUCGCAAAUGCUAUGGGUUGAUCAGAGCAAGAGUGUCGGGAUCAAAGUACGGGUCAAGGCAAAACCGCUAAUGAAUCAAAAUGUGCCAAUUCUCAUCCAUCGCGACGACGACCAAUUCACGAGCUAUGAAUUGUUGAUUGAAGAAUUACAUAUACGCGCUGUUCGCUUACUCCGGACCCUGGAAAAGUCACAGGAGGAACAGCAGAAUUAUUAUAAAGCUGUAGUUAUAACCCCGACUCUCAGAUAGCGGUUUUCACGGAUAGACAUGUCAGUGAUAUGGAGGCCGAAAUCUCGGUCUACGCGCAUGUUUGUAUGUCUUUUGUCUAUAGCGUUUCUUUU